UUAAUAUAUGCACUAAUACAAACACGAUAUACAUAUGUAAUAAGCUCCAGUAUUCGUAUUUUACAGCGUGUUUUGCUAAUUAAUCGUAUCGUUAUUGCAAAAUAUUUUUAUUUUAUCGCCCGUGACUGAGCAUGAUUAGAGAUGAUGCUAAUGCAUUCAGUGAAAGUAAUGCUCUUUUGGACCGAGAGUUACUGAAAAUCGCCUCAAAUAACCGCAAAUCGGUCAAAAUCGCCUCAAAUCGCUCAAAAUCACCCCUAACUGUUGAAGUCACAAUAAUUGCGCGCAUAAAAAUGGACUUUUAAGCAGAGUGGUUUUGUAUGGUGCAAAAGAGAGAGAGGAGAGAAGUGGUUUUUGUAUGGUAUCAAAAUUUUAUACUAAUCGACCUAAUCGCCUAAAAAGUCGCUCAACGUUACGAGGACAAUUAUGGGACCAAACGUCAACUGAAGUUUCCCAAAAUAUUUAAAGUCUCCAAAUUCCCUUUAGAUUUUAGAUGUUUUUUGUUGUUGUUGUUGUCAAAUUUGUCAGUAAAAAUCGUAGUCUCUAAAAGUCACGGCGGCUUUCGGUCCUCGAGAAGGACGUACUUCUGAUCAUGGCCAACGCAUUCAAAACUAUCAGGAAGAAGCAAAGAAAUCAGCUGGCAGAAGUUUGCAUAAACUACUACCACAUUCAAGAAAGAAUAGAUUUGGGGUAUAGUUACACGAAUAAUCAUUAAUCUUUUUAACAUCAAAAAAUUAGAUAUCACUGAAAAUUUAUCGCCAAUCUUUUUUUGGCUAGCAUCAGCAAUUUGCAAAUUUAAAUAUUUAUUUUUGUUCUGACCUUUUGUUUCCUAAGUUAGUAACGCAAGGAUCGAGAGUGUAUUCCGAGUUUUUGCCAUCCUGUUUUGAGUUCAAAAUGAAAUGUGAAUUUCCCUACUUACAAGAAUGUGCACGAUCAGCAUUUUCAUUUCAUCAAAGUCAGACUUCCUGUCCGAGGUCAGCCAAGCGUGAGCUGAAAGAUCAAUCUGAAGACGAUGGCAACUUACUACAACAACGUCGAAAGAUCAGAAGUACGUCAAUCUCGGGCUUCAAUCUAUGGGAAUUUUUAUUCCUACGCCACAGGAGCUAUUUCAAAUAGCCCAUGGACACCGAGAGAAGUAAACGGCAUUUCCAACUAUCCACCAGAGUAUGAACGUAGUCCCGAUGCUUUUAUAAAGAACUACCAACAAGAAUUAACAAAAUAUCAUGGAUCUACCUCAGAAGAGAAGGAAACACUGAGAAAGUUUCUACUCCAUGCCGUACUUCCUUUCAUGGAAGAAGUACUCGAAGCAAAUGGUUUCGCUUCACCUGAAAUYCUCAAGYUGCUCYCCCAUCUAUGCUGUUUAAAUGACUCACUUGUAAAUAGAUCUGCACUUCAUUUGGUCUUAAAUGUACUUGUUAAAAGGCCAUGUGACGCAGAUGAGAAAAUUCAAACUUUUAUAUUCGAAAUGGAAAAUGUAUUGAGGAACAGCAUCAUUGCAGAAGAUGCAAUCUUCGAUGUAGAGCCUCUGGAGUUUCAGGGAUUUAGAGCAUUUGUGUACAGUCGAGUUUUGAUAAUGGUAGUUGUUCUUAUYAAACAAGGAAAAAUGCGAACUGAAGCAUGGAAUAGCUUGGAGAGUGUUGUCCUCCUCCAUAAAAAGCUAUAUGGGCUWAAYAAGCAAACAYCCUUCCGAGAAAAAAAGAAACCGCGAUAUGCAGUGGCGUGUAUUCAUCAAAGCAUCGAAACGYUGAAGAAKUCGAACCAWCAAAAGCAAUUUUGYCGCUUUUUAGAUUGGUUACACGGCUACUAUCAAGAUGACACGGUGGAUUUUACGGAAAGAGACAAAUUCCUCAAGGAAUAUAUCGGAAAAGUUACAGAAAACAAAACAGGCUGGUUUGACUUCCAUGUUGUGGUCUCUUGUCUGGAACCAAAGAUACACGAAAGACCGAAGGUGGUCGARAUCCUCYUCUYWAUGKUGRAGAAAUAUUGCAACUCCAAAAAGUCAAGAAAUCCAUUACGUUGGUUUAAAUGGUCUGACGAAGCACAGUGGCAAACWGGGCUCCACCUUGGAUGUGUUCUGGAAAACAUUGUCAUGACGAAUAAAGAUGAUGCCACAAGAAAGGUAGCAUGCGGAUCCCUGUGUUUGUACGUAGAUGAGCUGAAAGACAGUAAAACUUCAACAGAGAAACUAUUUGUUGAACAAAGCCUUGAAAGAUGCUGUUUCGGCCCACCCAAAACUGUUGUUCCCAUGAUGGUUUCAACACUAAAGUCUAGAAAAGAAGAGCCUAUCACUGUUCUAUCGUCCAUGAAAUUUCUGGCAAGUCUACGUUAUCGUCAACAAAUGGAUCCUCAAAGUUACCAGCUCGUUUGUAAGAACUUUGUGACUGGCAAAGCAUUCUUCAAAGGAAAUUUCAGAGGAGAAAUUUCAAUAACAAAAAUACUUGUUUUAUCAGAUGAUGACCAGAGAGGUAUUGAGAAUGACCCUAGCAAAUCUUACAAGGAUCUAAUUAAAGAAGCCUAUUUCUUGAGAAGACUGAACGUGAGUCCUCACCCCAAUAUUCUCAGGGUGUUUGCAUUCGACACAUGUACCAAGCCGUACCAUAUCAUCACCGAAUAUGCUGACAAAGGAACACUUCUGCAGUACCUACAGGAUGCAAGAUCCGAUAUAAAUCCGUUGCCAAAACCUUCAGUGUUACUUGAGAUGUUAUUUGGUGUUUAGCUUUGGUCGCCUUUUAUAUGAAGUAUUUACCUAUGGCAAUACACCGUUUAACUGGCUCAAAGAUGAUGAGACUGAAAAGAUAAGAAGCCUUGUUUUGAGAGGCGGAACGCUGCAUCAAGAGAAAUGUAUUCCAAAUUGGAUUUGGGAAAUCAUUGAAAAUUGYCACCAGCACAGUGCUGACAAGAGACCAAACCUUGCUGCCCUCAAAUACAGUUUGGGUGUGGCUCAGUCAAAAUUUGAGAGUUCCGCAGAUGAAGACAGGCCACCAACAGAAUAUCCACCUUUGACACACCAGGAUACACUUCAAACAAAUCUGAGCUCAUGUUAUGCCAUUGACAAAGCUGAGCAUUCGAAGGUUUUGGGGAUUUUUGGCUUUCAAACGCUGGCAGACGAUCGCCCGGAAAUACAAAACAUCAGAGGAGUUUCUCAGAUAAGAGAAAAGGUUGAGAAAACUGUGGAAGAAAGUACAAGAAAGCUAAAAGAUCUGCGUAAUAACUAUAUCGUCAAAGUCCUGGCCAUUACCGAUUUCAGCCCGACGCACAACGCCAUUUAUUCAGAGAACUCAGAAAGAGGGAAUCUCCUACAACUGGUGCUAUCCAAACAAUGCAACUCUAUUGAUCUUGUCAGAUUCUUGGUGCAGAUUCUCUAUGGACUGGAGUUCUUGCAUGACAGCAAUAUCUUGCAUUGUGACAUCAGAGCUGAGAAUGUGAUGGUAUUCUACGAUGAACAUCAAGUAUUAAGUGUCAAAAUUGCCCGUCUUGGAAGAUCAAGAUACCUCCGAACAUCACCUAUUGAGCUUCCGCAAAUGCCAGAAGAUGCAAUUACCAGGAGAUCUCUAGAGACGAUAAAGAACAAAACCUACUCCAUCAGCAGCGAUGUUUGGUCAUUUUGUCUUUUAUGCUAUGAGUUGUAUGAAGCUUAUGACAAUCGAGACCAACCUUGUCAACCUAUCGAUUGUGAGCCAAUCAAGUGCGAAAUAGAGAAAAUUGUCGCUUAUCUCGAAAGCAACAACCGUCCAGAGAAACCAAAAAGCAUGCCGGACUGGUUAUACAUUGCAGUAAAGCAAGGCUUACUUUACAAACCAGAGGAAAGACCCCCUCCAAUUCUCUUGCGCGAUUGCUUGACAUAUCGCAAACCGUUUGAGUCUUGUUUGCUAUCUCGAUGGAAAAAGUAUCAUCCAGAUUUGAUAGUCGAACAUAAUGUCAUCGAUGUCGAAGUUGAACAGCCAUCAAUCCCUGAGUACGAACACGUGAUACCGCCUGGCGAACACAUCCCUUUCGAUGAAUUACAGCAGAUGUCCUCAGUAGCUGUCUUCAUGAAUCACUCUUACAAAUACGCACCAGGAAAUGAACUAGCUGAUGUUGAUGAUAAUGAAGAAUUAUAUGAAGACAUACAUUCUCCUGCGUACGUCAAUAUUGGAAGGGACAUCGGAGAGAGAAGGGUGCGCGACGUCACUUACGAUGAAGUCGUGAGGCAACAACUACCCUCCAGCCAGCCUACCCGGCCUCCUUCUACUCCAUCUCCCAAGAUAGUAGGAAAACCACCUCCUCGACCACCGAAGUCGGACCAUUGCCAAGCCAUUAGGCGUCCAGCCCCAUACCCACGCCGCUUACCAUUGCAAACCCUGCCAAGCAAUGAAAGCCGACAUCAGUCGAUAAACGAUGAGGUAUUGUAUGUAAAUAUGCCCUUUGUUAACGACAUGGCAAGAGAAAUGGCAGGCCAACACGAUAACGCGGAAGAACGAUCCUGGCACUCAUGGAAUAGCUCAACACCGUCCCCAAGGCCAUCUCGGCCACCCUCUUUUCAAGAUGGCGCUGUUCGGGGAGAUGACCCUGGCAUUGGCUGAAAAGCAUUUACGACCGAAAUUCUGUAUUGGCCCUUCCGAAUUCAAAAGGGACUGUAUGAUAUCUAACCACAAACUCGAUGAAGUUUAAAGUAAUAUAUAAGAUAUGAGCGGGAGACUUUUAUUGGCAUUUAAAACUGCGAGCUCUGAAGCUUUUACGUCAUGAACAGUAUAUGCAAUGCAUUAUAGCAUAUAUUUGGGAUAAAACAUGGCGGAUUUCUUUUGUUUUCUCCAGAAACUGAUCCCACAAUGCAUUGCAAAUAGGUGACGUGAAAGCUUCAGAAAUGUAUGAGGGGAACUUAUCGAUCUGCCUAGCCUGCUGUUCAGUAUACAUGUACAGUACACAUGUACAUAAUAAUCAAUUGUUUAAUUUUUUGCCAUAAACUUUUCAAAUGGUUCUGAACUAUUUUUUUAGCUAUUACAAACACUAAUAUACAUGUACACUAUGGAUGUAAAUAUCUUAAUAUGUAAUUUUUUACUUACAUGUUUGUGUACAUUUAGCUUAUUUUAAUAUGCAGUUUUUCACCAACAUGAAUGUGCACAUUUAGCAACUUUUAUUAAUGCAAUAUUCCGAUGGAAAAAAAGUAUCAUCCAGAUUUGAUAGUCGAACAUAAUAACAUCGAUGUCGAAGUUGAACAGCCAUCAAUCCCUGAGUACGAACACGUGAUACCGCCUGGCGAACACAUCCCUUUCGAUGAAUUACAGCAGAUGUCCUCAGUAGCUGUCUUCAURAAGCACUCUUACAAAUACGCACCARGAAAUGAACUAGCUGAUGUUGAUGAUAAUGAAGAAUUAUAUGAAGACAUAAGUUUACCUGCGUACUAUUUUUUAACUAUUAAAAACACUAAUAUACAUAUACACUAUGGAUAUAAAUAUGUAAUUUUUACCUACAUGCGUGGUAUGUGUACAUUUAGCUUAUUUUAAUAUGUAGUUUUUCACCAACAUGAAUGUGCACAUUUAGCAACUUUAAUUAAUGCAAUAUUCCGAUGGAAAAAAAGUAAAGAAAAGCUUGUAUGGUAAAUACAUAGAAAGUUGCUUGUUAUGUUCAAGCGAAAUAGUCUAUGUGCCCCAUGCUGGGAUUCUAAAUAUUCGCUUUUUUGUGAAAUUCAAAAGAUGAUGUAAAUAUAAUUUUGAGUAAAAUAAUAAAAGGAACGAAAAGUU